AUGAGUAGUACUUUAGGCAAAGAAAAAGAUUCUAAAGAAAAGGACCCCAAAAGUGGUUCGGGAGGCAAAGAAAGGGAAAAGGAUGCCAAGGCUCUAGCUGGCCAAUUCAAGGAUGGAGGGGGCAAAGAAACCAAGACCAAAGGGAAAGAGACCAAAGAAGGUAAGAAGGACACCAGCAGCUCAACACCGGGUGUUGCCUUCUCUGUCGACAAUACGAUAAAGCGGCCUAACCCGGCACCGGGUACACGCAAGAAGUCCAGCAAUGCCGAGGUGAUUAAAGAGCUUAACAAGUGCAGGGAGGAAAAUUCCAUGAGACUGGAUCUCUCCAAACGUUCUAUUCACAUGCUGCCCACCUCCAUUAAGGAGCUGACGCAGCUGGCUGAACUCUAUCUAUACAGCAACAAGCUGCAGAGCCUACCACCUGAAGUGGGUUGCCUCUCAGGCCUGCUCACUUUGGCCUUGAGUGAGAACUCCUUGACCAGCUUGCCCGACUCACUGGACUCCCUUAAGAAGCUUCGCAUGCUUGAUCUCCGGCACAACAAGUUGAGGGAGAUCCCGCCGGUAGUCUACAGACUGACGUCGCUGGCCACGCUCUACCUACGCUUCAACCGCAUCACCACAGUGGAGAAAGACAUCCGGAACCUUUCCAAGCUCACCAUGCUCAGUAUCCGGGAGAACAAGAUCAAGCAGCUUCCCGCGGAGAUUGGGGAACUUCGCAUCCUCAUUACACUGGAUGUUGCCCAUAAUCAGCUGGAGCACUUACCCAAGGAGAUUGGAAAUUGCACACAAAUAACCAACCUAGACUUGCAGCACAAUGAGCUCUUAGACCUUCCAGAGACUAUAGGGAACCUUGCCAGCAUAAAUCGCUUGGGUCUGAGAUACAAUAGAUUAUCAGCCAUCCCCAGAUCAUUAGCCAAAUGUCGAGAACUGGAAGAGCUAAAUCUUGAAAACAAUAACAUUUCAGUGUUACCAGAGGGCCUCCUGUCAAGUUUGGUCAACCUGACUAGCCUGACAUUAGCAAGGAACUGCUUCCAGUCAUACCCAGUGGGUGGACCUUCCCAGUUCUCAACCAUCUACUCGCUCAAUAUGGAGCACAACCGCAUAAACAAGAUCCCUUUUGGAAUCUUCAUCAGGGCCAAAGUAUUAAGCAAGCUUAACAUGAAGGACAACCAGUUAACGUCUUUGCCGUUGGACUUUGGCACAUGGACCUCCAUGGUGGAGCUUAACCUAGCCACCAAUCAGCUGACCAAGAUCCCAGAGGACGUCUGUGGUCUGGUGUCUCUUGAGGUGUUAAUUUUGUCCAAUAAUCUUUUAAAAAAGUUACCGCACGGUAUCGGCAAUUUGAGAAAGCUUCGAGAGCUUGACUUGGAGGAAAACAAAUUGGAAUGCCUCCCCAAUGAAAUAGCUUAUCUCAAGGAUUUACAGAAAUUGGUGUUAACAAAUAACCAGCUGACAACAUUACCGAGAGGCAUUGGCCACCUUACCAACUUGACUCAUCUGGGUUUGGGGGAGAACCUGCUGCAACAUCUCCCCGAAGAGAUUGGCACACUGGAGAACCUGGAGGAAUUGUACCUCAACGACAACCCCAACCUGCACAGCCUGCCUUUUGAGUUGGCCUUGUGCAGCAAGUUGUCCAUCAUGAGCAUUGAAAACUGUCCCCUCAGCCAUCUGCCACCCCAGAUUGUUGGUGGGGGCCCCUCCUAUAUCAUCCAGUUCCUCAAGAUGCAGGGACCUUACCGUGCCAUGGUCUGA